AUGGUCGUGACGAGAAGUUUCUUUGCUCAAUUUGCUCAUAAUCCUGUGAAUGACCAAGAUGCUAAUAUUACAAGUACUCCUGCUGGACAUAGCCCGCGAUGGAACCGAGUGACACCAACAUCAACACCAGAGAAGAAACGAAAAUCAAGUGGAAGCUCUGAUGAAAGUUCCACAAGUACCCCAAAGAAGAAAUCAUCUCCCAAAAAGAAAAGGGCAAAAUCUGGUCCUACACCGUCAACCUCCUCCUUUGAUGCAGUGACAGCCGCAAACUUUACCAAAAGCAAUCAGGUCAUUCCACCCGUCCACACAUUACUUCUUGGCACUCAUCCAUCGGUUCAAUCGCUAAAAGAAAAUCGAUAUUAUGGACAUCCAAUGAACGCGUUUUGGUGGAUUGCGGGAGACUGCUUGGGAUUUCGACGGGCUGAAGGAUUGAAAACAAAUGGAGAGCCCUACGGUUUUGCCAGCCACUUGCGAUAUAACGAGUCCCAAAUUGUUCCCUACGAGCAGCAGCUGGAGAAGUUGUGUUUCAGUGGAUUUGCGCUCUGGGAUAUUGUCAAGGAAUGUCAACGUCCCGGGUCCCUGGACUCGGAUAUCACCCAAGAGGUUCCAAACGAUAUUCGAGGAUUCUGUAAACUGCAUCCCAAUAUCAAACGCAUUGUAUUUUCCAAUGGAGGAACGGCUUGUUCCUUUUUCAAGAAACAUUUCAAGGAAUGGCUGGAUUCUGGUGAAUUGGUUCCGAGUCAACACAAAGCAUCCCAAGAUGCAUUCAAGAAAUGGACCAAAAAUAUGAAACCAAAAACGAAAAGACCAGGAGGACGAGACAAGCACCAAAUUGAAUGCAUUGUCGCUUUGGCAGUCAGUCCGGCUGCUGCAAAGUACACCUAUGACGAGAAGCGAGACUUUUGGGAAGAACAUGUUUAUCAGCCAGGUUUGAAGGAUUUGGAAGCGGCACAUAUCGUAGCCAACGAUGGUUAG